AGGAAAACACCCACGCCACAGCUCUUCGCCACCCGUCAUCAGUGAAAGCACUGUCCCUGGAGUUGUGGCAUUGGUCCUGGAGCUCUGGCCUUUUUCUUUCUUGCUCGUGUCUUUCUUUAGAGCGUAAUGCAGCGCUCCUCGCGAACACCAACUCAGCUUCGGUAGCCACUCGUCAAGAUAGCUCUCCAGGGUAUGCUGGAGCGGGCAACGUCAUGUUUCGAAUCCGGAGGAAGUCGCCUUCUGCGCGGUCGCAAGCGAUGUUUCCGAAGCCGGCGGAUGCUCCAUUCCUCCUUCUGGCAUCACGGAGCAGUUGAUUUGGAUUUGCCUGCGUGGUGGGCGACCGUUCUUCAACCCACCACGGCAGCGGGCCAAGAGACGGAUGGUAGAGGUGGGGGGGUUCAGCACCACGCGUCUCACGAUGCGCUCUUCCUGGAUUUUCUGUACCCGGCAAAGACACUGGCAUUGAUGAGGCGGAUUACAACCUAUGGGUGGGAAAGCUUGCGGCUCAGGCACACACGGGCUUCAAACGGGGUGCGGGUGCGACAAUUUUCUUCAACAGCCAUUGUGAGACGAAAGAAGGGCAAUACUCCGGGAGUUGACGGCGCCGGAAAUGACGGCAACGUCCAAGAUUCAGAUGAAAGUGAGAAUGGCCCCUUUCCGCCACCGGUGGCCGGCGAGGGAGGAUAUGAUCAUGACUCAAUUGGUGAGGACGGCCUCGAUGCGUUUGAUGCGGAUCCAUCCCUCGCGGACGAGACAUCACCUAUGCCUUUACCCGGCAAAGCUCCUAACAAGGCAGCCUUUCAGGACUCAGAGGCCACUUCAGACGCGUUAGAAGAAGACACCGAAAUCGCCAGCACACCAGAAGAGCUCCAAGAAAUGCUCAGCGCCGAUGAGGCCGACCACAGACUUGUUUGGAAAAUUUACCGGAGCUUGGAUGCGGAGAGCCGCACCCCUGAGAUUUCUGCGGACGUGCUGCAAUUCCUGGGUAGCAUCCGACCUUUCACUGCGGUGCAGGCUGAUAGAGCUCUGCAACUUUACGAACUCUUGCCUUUGGAGAACAGACGUGCCUCAUCUUACAAAUGCGCGAUCAUGGCGCACCUUAACAAUGGAGAUCUUGGAAAGGCUGCGCUUGUUCACAAACAAGCAAUUGAGGUUAAGAAGCUGAACACCGGCGACUUUGGCACUGCUGAGUUACUCGCCUAUGCCAUCAAUAAAGAACAAUGGCAACUAGCAGCCGAAGCUUAUCGCGCGGCCAACGCUGUUUCGGGAGUCUUCAUCCGGUAUUGGACGAUUGCACAAAAGAAAAUAGACCUCUUGCGCUUUCUUGAUGCUCUUUUGAUCUAUGCAAGAAGAUUGAGGCGUCGCUCGCAGUCAGCAAAUGACAGUGAACGCCUGAUGGGCCAUUUCAUAGUCGACUUCGCUGAUCAAGCAAUACGGCAGUCGGCCUCUCGCAUUUCUUCUCCUUCCGACCAAUUGCAGCUAUGGCGCUGUAUCUUGAGGCUCAAAUUCGAGGGUCUUCUGCGGUCUCGGCAUUUUGAGUACGCCAUCAAGGGGAUGGCCGGACAAAAGAUCAUGCAGUCCGAUGAAGUUCCCGAACUUGUCCGCAGGAUUUAUCAAAUGUACAUCUCGGCGGCAAAGUCGGGGUCUGUCGAAGCCAGUCAGAGUCCACUCUAUUCCAUGCUUUUGGCUUUGACAAAGUAUCCUCGAUCGUCCAAGGGCACACGCCUGAGGUUGGGCCAAGUCAUCAGUGACUGGCAUCGGUUGCUUGGCGAUCUCAACUUUGCGGCUGUGAGGGUGCUCAUGACUUUCUAUUCGCGCAAGGGAGACGUUGCCAAAGUCGAGAAUUACUUCAACGAUCUUCUCAGAGUCGCAGAUGGUGUUAACAGCGUCGACAUCUUUCGACCCUUGCUUGAAGUGCACGCUAGACGUGGAGAUGUGGACAAAACCCUUCAACACUUCAGCCGCAUCACGCAAGAGUUUGGCCUGCAGCCGGAUGUUGGUUGUUGGAACCUUCUCUUGCUUGCACACAUGAAGCAGGAUGAUCUCGAAGGCGCCUGCAAGCGCUUCGACGAAAUGGUGUGGUCCGGUGUUCAGCCAGAUGCUUACAGCUUCUCUGCAGUCUUGAACCUGAUGGCGCAGAGGGGUGAUGUCGAAGGCGUUAAAGAGAUGCUCGUGCUGGCUUCGGAAAUUGACGCGUCAAUUCUGCGAGCUGCUGAAGUUGUUGGUUACGUGGUAUCCGCUCAUAUCCAAAAUGACGAUAUUCCAUCCGCAGAAACCUUGGCCGAAGAGCUACGAAAGCGAAAAGAGGAUGGCCAUCUAACCGGUUCUCUCACUCCCGUUUUCAACAACCUCUUAACGGCCCAUGCUCUGCAAAGGGAUGUCAUUGCGGCGCGUCGGAUAUUCGAUCAUAUGCAAGAGCAUGACAUUCAAACUGACGCAUUUACGUAUGCUGCUUUGAUGCAAGCCCUUGCACUUGUCCACCAAACCGACGCCGCUUACAAGCUUCUCCGUAUCGUUCUCCCGCAAAAGCGAAUCAAGCGUCUUGCCCUACACUAUGCCAUUGUUAUGGCUGGAUUCAUCAAUCAGCGCAACUACAGGAAUGUGUGGUAUGUGGAUGAUCAUCGACGCAAAGAGGGUGUUCGCAGCACCAUGAGCACUCGCAUCGCUGCGAUUAAGGCUAGUACAUUGGCCGAAAUGCAAAUGCAGGCCGACAAGGGUAUGGAUCGAACGGCAUUGCUUGAGCGUACGGAACGCUUGUUGGCGGCUACGUUGCAGAAUAACGACCCAUGGGAACUGGCUAGUGAGCCGCAGACGGGUUUGGGAUUGACUUCCAUCUUCCAAGCUAACGAGUCUUACCUCGCCUUUGUCAUUAUGGCUUAUGGCAGUCGAGGAAGUUAUGAUUACGUCAAGCGCAUGUUUGAGGAGUAUAUGCAGAGGCAAAGGGACAAGAGAGGCGAUCCAGACAUUCAGCCACCUAUGCGCAUGCUGACGGCGUUGAUGCACACUCACCUUCGCAAUGGCAAGUAUGAAGAGCUUCAGGAAUGUUGGAACCUCGCUCUCAGUCAAGCGUCGUACACAAUCUCUCUGCAUGCUCCCGUCAACGCCACCGAGGCGAGCAGUUUGUCUGCCAAGGAUCCCGAGACCGACGAGACUGCCGAGACGCUCAGGGAUGGCGAGAUGGCGCCUUCAAGGCGCCACAUCCUUUCUCGUCCAAUGGCGAUCUACAUCAGUGCUCUGCACGCUCAAGGCAGAUACUCAGACCUCAUCUCCACGACAACAUCGCUGCUCGGUCAUGGUUACACUUUCGACAACCACACCAUGAAUCUGUAUGUGCAAAUUCUUGCGCGUAGCGGACGUAUCGGUUCCUCCUUUGAUAUUUGCGAGGCGCGGCUGAUGCCGAACUGGCACGGCUGGAGGACAAAUUACCUUCUUAGGCGUCGCUACCAACGCACUCGCGGCUGGGACUACAUGGAUGUCCGGCCUAACAAGACACCGAGGGGCGAGGUCGCUCCCGCCUACAGAACCAUGGUCAUGCUGGCGGCGGCCAUGAAAUGGGUGCGCAAGCGGGAUGCGCUGGGCCGCGCUAGGAGCUCUGAUGGCGAGAUUUUGAGCGAGGGUCUGCUACGGCUAAGAGCGCCAAUGACCAUCGCUGCUCUGGAGGAGAUGCCGUAUGUGGAGGAUGACUUGCAGGAUGAGUUCUUGAGAGAUGAGAUGGAUUGACGACCGAACGAAGCAUUCCGGGCACAAGCUGCGACAGGUGGCAGCAGUGUGUACCGUGUACAAAACGUGUAGAUCUCCUUUUCCGACGUUCAGAUUAGAGUGGACUACAAAAAGAAGGGGGGUGAGUAGACGGAUGAUAGGGUAUUUUUUUUAAAGGUGUUUUCGGAGCGCUGAGGUUUGUGGCUGUUUGUUUUCUUGUAGACCUGUAUGUAGGUUAAGUGUAAACGCUGUAAAUUUCUUGUUGAGCAAGCGGAAGGGAUACAUUGGUAGUUGAGUUAGCAUUGAUAAAUGAACUGGCUUGUAUAUGUGCCU